AUGACCACCGCAUCCGGAAUCGAACUUUCCUUGAGCAACCCAGACGAAUGGAAGCAAUUCUACCCUCAAACUGAAAUGAUUGUCACGAGAAAAGGUCGUAAAUUGUUCCCACACUUGAACUACAGUCUGAAAGGGUUGGAUCCAAAUGAGCUGUAUGGCAUUUUCAUUCACUUCGAGAGAGUAGAUAUAAACAGAUAUCAAUUCCUUCAUAAUAAGUGGAAUGUGUUUGGUAAAGGCGAUGAAGUUCGACCGAUUAAAGCGGAACAACAUCUGGAUGGGUGGAGAGCGGGAAGUUAUUGGAUGACAAAACCAAUCUCAUUCGAGCAUGUGAGAAUCACUAAUGACCCGGAUCUCAAAAAACCGAAUACAUUUGUGUUGCAAAGCAUGCACAAAUUUAUGCCUGUAAUUGGGAUUCAGAAGAUGGGAGAUUCGAAGAUUGAGGGAUUCCGAUUGGAGGUCACAGAGUUCAUGGCUGUGACUGCUUAUCAGAAUAAUGACAUCAAGGAAUUGAAAAUUCAAAUGAACCGAUUUGCCUCCGGAUUCAAGGACACAGGAGGACACAACAAAUCACGAGAUUCUGGAUCCUCACCACGUGGAGUCAAAAGGCAAUCCACAUCACCAGAAGUGUAUGGAUCGGUGACCCCACCAACAGCUCCGUGGACCCCUCCGUAUAACCCAUGGACUCCAAUGAGUUACAACGAUAUGUAUCCGAUGUAUCCGAUGUACCCAUGGCAGAUGCCAAUGGGAAUGUAUCCUAUGGUUCCACCAAUGAGUUCAGGAAUGGCUCCAGGGGUGCCUAUGAAUUCUAGCAUGCCACCAGUUGCUGACGUCUUUCAAAAUCAACCAGCUAUGCAACAGAACCCAAUGUAUAUGGGAUGGGGUAGUUUUAAUGCACGAAUACAAUAA